AUGUCCACCAGCAGAAACGUCACCCCCACCGAAGACGAAGUCAGAAAAGCGGCUGUCGAGCUGAAAAAAGGCAACCCCGCCUCUGGCGUCGCCAAAGUCCACAGCUUCUUACUUGACGCAAAUCCAUCAUGGACGGUCAGCGAAAAACGCAUCCGAAAGAUCUUGCAGAGUGAAGGACUCGUCAGAUCGGACGCUGGGACGCCCAAUAGUACAACCAACACCAUCCAUCCAUCUUUUCGCCUCAAUCAAAGUCUUGAUGUCAACAAGUGGACCAGUAGGGUGGAAGUCAAGUACUUUGACGCGAUCAAGGGCAAGGGUCUCGUCGCUAAAGAAAAUAUAGCAAAAGGAGAUGUUUUAUGGAGAGAGGAUCCCUUCAUCCUGGCCCCAGAAUGGGAGAUCUAUGAUCUCCAGCACGCAUCGGAGGCAUGCUCCCUCUGCUCGUCCAUCAUCCGCGACCACUCCCCGUUGCAUAUAUCCUGCGAGGCCUCCACAACUGCAACUCCCUGCACAGCAAGAUACUGCAAUAGGCUCUGUCGCCUACAGGCAGAAAAAGUGCACCCUCUCCUAUGUUCCGCACGCAAUCCCGCGUCUGUACCACUCCUUGCCUUCGCAAGAGAUGCACAAUGGAUGGCCCUGCAUGCUCUCGCGCAGUGUACCAGCCGACUUUUACUGGUUUCUCAGCAAGAUGCUGCGACAUUCGACCUGGAGUGGGAUGUAGUCCAGGGCCUUGCUGAGCUUGGGAUGGAAGAACGUGCUCAGUGUCUUCGCGAGCAAGGAUUGGAGCCCGAUCGUAAAAAUUGGCGGAGAGCCUUUGAGUUGUACUUGCAAGCAUUUAAAGAGCCUCGGACACCUGCAGAACAGAAAAAACUAGCACGCUGCCUGAAAAAGCCAAUUCCCGAAGAGCUACAGAAAUUUACUUUCGAAUAUCAGGCCUUCUUACGUGGCUUGGGACGCAUGAGUCUCAAUCUGGAGGCCCAUGGUGGACUGUACAGACUGCACUCUCACCUUAACCACAGUUGCACUCCCAACAUCUCAAUAAGGCACUUGGACCAACGCACCGCGCUCUCACGCAUCACAGUGAUCGCAAAGGAGGACUUCGAAAUAGGACAGGAGCUCCUAAUCACAUACACUAACCCCAAGAGCAGUCUCAGGGAUCGACGCCGGAGAUUAUCAGAAUGGGGAUUCGGACCUUGCCGGUGUGAGCGCUGUGUUACCGAAGAGAAGGAAUCGGAUAGCAACACCCAGGAAACAGAUGAUCUCGUAGAUCAGCUCAAAGCCGGCCUAGGAGUGUUAUAG